AAGACCCUUUCCAGGACAUGACGGAGCAGUCCUCCACCAGUGACUAUGAGGACAUCACCCACUCCCUGACCAUAGACGAGGAAGAAGGAAGUGGUGAUGAAACAACACACGAAGAGAAAGCAGAAGUGCGUCUGGCACAGACGGGCGGCGUGUCACGCUGAGCGCUCAGUGGAGAAAUUGGCCCUGAUGAGGUGAAGGUGAAGAGACUGGCACUGGGUUUUCACGUCGUUCCUGUGAAGGACUACUUGUUUUUCACACCACCAGGCUGACACCAUGAGUGGAAACUGCUCGUUUGACUCCGUGGACCACCUGAUGAGAUAUCUGGAGCUGGUCAUCUACAUCCCAACAUUCCUCUGUGGUCUGAUCCUCAAUGUCAUUGCUCUCUUGGUGUUCUGCAUCUUCCUGAAAAAACGGACCGAGUCAACCAUCUACAUGACCAGCUUGGCUCUCAUGGACCUGUUCCUCCUGUUCCCACUUCCUUUCAAGAUGCAUGCCACCAAUCACCUCUGGCCUGCUAGCCUUCAACCGCUGUGCUCAGUCCUGGAGAGCCUGUACUUUGUUGGGAUCUAUGGCAGUAUCUACACCAUCAUGUGCAUAGCCGUGGACCGCUGGAUGGCCAUCUGUCACCCCUUCAGAGCCAAGCAGCUGCGCUCAUCCUCAGCAGCUCUGUGGACCUGUGUAGGAGUGUGGCUGCUGGUACUGGCCGUGCUCUCUCCAACUGUAUACCACUUCAGGGAGAGCAGCCAGUCGGACUUCCACUGCUUUCACAGCUUUUCAGAGAAAGGCUGGAGGCCUCCCGUCAUCAUCUGCCUGCUGCUCUUUGGGUUCUUGCUACCUGUGGUGGUGGUAGUUUACUCUUCGGUCCACACCAUCUGGGCUCUCCAGCGGUCCGGACAGCACAGCCCUCAGAGCCAGGCCUGUGUGAAGAUCAUCUACAGCAGUCUGAGUGCCUUCUUGGUGCCGUUCACCCCGAGCCACGUCGGUAUUCUACUGCAGUUCCUGGUGCACCAAGGUGUGAUUCAGGAGUGUGGUGCCAAGACCAGGAUCAGCCUGUUCAUACAGGUAGCCAUGUGUCUGUCCAACAUUACCUGCUGUCUGGACGCUCUGUGCUACUACUUUGUUGCUCAUGAGGUGAGGAACACCAAGAACACCCUGAGAAAGUCAAUGAUCAGCCAGAGAAGAGCAACUUCCAGCACUUCAGAGGUCUGAACUGCGGCCAGCUCCUCGUCAUCCAAUCUGUCUUCUUUAGGUUCUGCAGCGAUAGCAAGGACUGACAGAUUUAUGAUGGGGUCCAGCGACAGGAAGUCUAGGUUAACCUGUGACCUAAAAACCCUGCAAUGAUUUCUGCAGAAGGAGGCGAUUCACCAACCGACCACAGCGGUGUGAAGAGAGAGCAUGAAAAAUGUUUCAAUGUACUUUCAGAUCCUGCUCAGUACUCAACACUGACGACACUGUGGGCUGCACUUAUACCUUGAGCUCCAGCAGUGAUUUCCUUAGGUGAAAAGCGUCGUUAAAUUAUGCAAAAUGUCUCUUUGAUGACAAGGUCUAUAUAUAUAUCAUAACUUAUUUUUAGAAUGAAAGUGGACUCCUUGUCAUUGUGACAUUGUGACACAUCACUGCACACAAUGAAAUGUGAUCUCUGCAUUUAACCCAUCAGCAAAGUAA